CAUCUGUUGGCAUAUAAUUUUGAUAAUCAAACUAAAACAAUAGUGCGAUAUUUUUGUCUUGAAAGUCACGUGGCUCUGAUGACUGUCAACUUCCGCCAUCCUUUCGGGAGGUCAGUACUCUACUCUUUGGAUGUUGAGAAAUUAGCAAAGCUGGUCUAAAUGUCCACGAGCUUACAGAAAGCCAAUUAUAUAGUCACCAAGGCUACAGAAGAAGACAAGAAAAAGAAUUAUGAGGAAGCCUUGAGGUUGUAUGAGCAGGGUGUGGAGUACUUUCUCCAUGCAAUUAAAUACGAGGCAGAUAGUGACGAAGCUAGGGAAAGUAUCAGAACUAAGUGUAUUUUAUAUUUGGACAGAGUGCAGAAAUUAGAACAGCAUGUCAGUGGCAAGAAACAGGAACCAGUAAAGGAUGGCAGUAGUGGUGAAUGUAAAAAGGAAGGACACAGUGACAGCAGUGAAAGUGAUCCAGAAGGAAAUGUUGAAAAGAAAAAGUUGCAGACACAGCUAGAAGGGGCCACUGGGAUGGGGCAGACUAACUUUAAAAGGGAUGGUGUAGUAGGUCUGGAUGGAGCCAAAGAGGCUUUGAAAGAGUCAAAAUACAUCUUACAGAAAGCCAUUGACAUAGUCACCAAGGCUACAGAAGAAGACAAGAAAAAGAAUUAUGAGGAAGCCUUGAGGUUGUAUGAGCAGGGUGUGGAGUACUUUCUCCGUGCAAUUAAAUAUGAGGCACGCAGUGACAAAGCUAAGGAAAGUAUCAGAACUAAAUGUAAGUCAUAUGCAGACAGAGCAGAGAAAUUAAGACAGCAUGUCAGUGGCAAAAAACAGAAACCAGUAAAGGACAGCAGUUGUGGUGGAAAUAGAAAGAAAGGAGACAAUGACAGCAGUGACAGUGAUUCAGAAGGAAAUGAUGAAAAGAAAAAGUUUCAGACACAGCUGGAAGGGACCAUUGUGAUGGAGAAGCCUAACAUUAAAUGGGACGACAUAGCAGGUCUGGAUGGAGCCAAAAAGGCUUUGGAAGAGGCAGUCACUAUGCCCAUUAAGUUUCCCCAUCUUUUCACAGGGAAAAGACAGCCACAGAGUGGUAUAUUAUUGUAUGGGCCCCCAGGGACAGGGAAGUCUUACCUAGCCAAAGCAGUAGCCGCAGAAGCCAAUAACUCUACCUUCUUUGCAGUGUCUUCACCAGAUUUGGUAUCAAAGUGGCUUGGAGAAAGUGAAAAAUUAGUAAAGAAUCUAUUUGAGAUGGCCAGAGAACACAAGCCGAGCAUUAUUUUCAUAGAUGAUGUAGACUCCCUCUGCUCGGCCAGGAGUGAUAACGAGUCUGAGUCAGCCAGGAGAAUUAAGACAGAGUUUCUUGUACAAAUGCAGGGUGUUGGAAAUGAUAACAAAGGAAUUUUUGUGUUAGUAGCCACAAAUAUGCCUUGGGUGCUUGACUCUGCUAUAAUGCGAAGCUUUGAGAAAAAAAUCUACAUCCCACUCCCAGAAGCCCCUGCUCGAGCCACCAUGUUUCAGUUGCAUCUUGGGAACACCCCAAACUCUCUCACCCAAGAAAACUUCAGAGAAUUAGGACUGAGAACUGAGGGCUACUCUGGAGCAGAUAUCAGUAUAGUAGUAAAAAACACUCUAAUGCAGCCAUUAAGGAAAUUACAGACUGCUACACAUUUCAAACGGGUAAGAGGCCCAUCACGGGAUAACUCAGGUGUCAUAGUCAAUGACCUCUUGACCCCUUGCUCCCCGGGUGACCCCCAAGCUGUGGAAAUGAACUGGAUGGAUGUGCCUGGAGAUAAAUUAUUUGAACCUGUUGUUUCUAUGAAUGAUAUGCUGAUGUCCCUUGCAGUGACGAAGCCCACUGUUCAUAAAGCUGAUCUGGACAAAAUGCAACAAUUCAUUCACGACUUUGGAUCAGAGGGAUAGUUGCCCUAUCUCCCAAUGAGGAUGAUUAUGCAUAUUCUUCUGAUAAACUUUAUUAUAGAUAAAAUUUGAUAUUGAUUAUGAUUGCAUAUCUCUUUGUAAAGGUUCUUAUGAUUUUUGUCAGUGUUUAUGAUCUGAUGAUAAAUAUUUUACAUCUACCUCCUGCUGAAUCUUUGUGCCAUAAGCUAGUAUAUAUGAAUGACACAACAGUUUCUGAGAGCCUUAGACAAUUCGAUGAAAGUAAAUUACGGGAAAUUGCUAAUUACAACGUGGGACUGGGCUAGGAUCGACAAACAAUUAAUAUGCGAUUAAACAGGAAAAAAAACAAACAAAUGGCCAUAUCAUUUAAACGCAAGAAUGCAGAUAUCCCUAAGCUUGUGAUUGAAAAAACAUGUUGAAUUUGAAGAAUCAUUAAAAUAACUAUAUAUCUCUAAUAUCUCUAAUGACCUCACGUGAAAGGUACGUAGAUUAAAUCACCAAAAAAGCAAGCAAAAGGAUUUAUUUCCUAUAGCACCUGAAACGUGCAGGCCUUACAACUGAUGACCUUGUAACUUAAUUAUUACCAGAUGGUCAUAAGGCCAGUUUUAGAAUAUGCUGCCCCUGUCUGGCACUUUGGAUUAAGGAAUGAAUUGACUGCCCUAGUAGAAAACUCUCAAGAAAGAGCUCUUAAGAUAAUAUAUCCUGAUCUUGAAUGCUGUGAACAUAGUAAACUUGAACUACUGAGUGAAAGAUGGCUCAAUGCAUGCAAAAAAAUUGUUUAUUAGCAGGGGCGGAUUUAGGCCGUCUUCGG